AUGGAUUCGUUUUAUGCCGUCCGACAUCUUUUUACCUCUCAGGAUACUCGUUAUACUCGGCGUGUUAGUGUUGGUGGCCUCCCCCCCUCUGCUAAUGAACAGACAGUUGCAAUUUUCUUUAAUCAAGCCAUGGCUGCUAUUGGAGGAAACACAGCUGGUCCUGGAGAUGCUGUCGUUGACGUCGACAUGAACCAUGACCGCGGAUUUGCUCUUGUGGAAAUGAGACUGACUGAGGAAGCAAGCAAUGCCAUGGCUCUGGAUGGCAUUUUGUUUGAAGGGGUGCCACUGAAGAUUAGAAGGCCACCAGGCUACAAGCCUUCCGAGGCAGCUGCCCUGGGCCCAAGCAUGCCGAGCCGCUAUCUGAAUCUUGCUGCAGUUGGCUUGACACCAGGAUCUGCAGAAGGUUUGAAAGGGCCUGACCGCAUUUGUGUGUCUGGCCUUCCCAAAUAUCUCACAGAAGCUCAAGUCAGGGAGUUGCUUGAAUCUUUUGGACCUCUUCGUGGGUUUGAUCUUGUCAAGGAUUGGGGAACUGGUGACUCGAUGGGCCAUGCGUAUUGCGUGUACCAGAACAGCAGUGUCACUGACAUUGCCUGUGCUUCUCUAAAUGGAAUGAGGCUACAUGACAAUACCCUUACCGUCGGCAGAGCAAAACAGAGAGCAUCUCAGCACCAACCCGAGGUGGAAACCAUCCUGUUGGGUUUUAUGGCAGAGCAACAGGCGCAGCUACAGCAAGUUAUGUUUGGAUUGGUCCCUACUCCUACAAAGGUCGUGUGCCUCCUCCAGGUGCUUACUGCAGAUGAGUUGAAACAUGAUAAAGACUAUGAGGAGAUUAUGGAACACAUGAGGCUAGAAGCGUGCAGAUAUGGUAAUCUGGUAAAAGUUGUCAUCCCACGUCCUGACUCGAGUGGAACCCAGUAUAGCAGAAACACUGCUCUAUCAUUUAACAAGAAAGCAAUUGUACAUCACACGCCGAAGUGA